GAACUUUAACGAUAAUUAAAUUAUUUCUUAAGAUACUUGUGAUUUUUUUGGACGAUAAUCAUCUCUUUGGAGUUGCACGCUGCCGUUUUAGAGACCUUUAUGACUUGCUCGUUUUAUAUUGUGAUUGUAUUUGUGAUAAAAAUUAUUGUAUAACAGAUUCUUCAAUCUCUUACUGGAUUCUUCAAAUAAAGUUUGCGUGAGUAUUCUCUCGCUGAAUUUCGAAGGAUUUGCUCGAUCUACGCAAAAACCUACAUUCGAGAGGAAAAUUCCCAUUAGAGAUAUAUAGAUAAGCGGUAAGACGAUCUUUAAUCAUUGUUUGUUUCUCAAAUUUUUUUAACCUGAUCACACAAUUCUAAAAUAGAAAUAAGCGCCAUUUAUCCAUCGAGAAAAUUGCGAGGAGCACAAUUUUAAAUUCGGUGUCAACAAUCUAUUAUCCUAGCAUUCUAAAAGAAGCUCAUUUGUGACAGAAUUUAAACGCGCGAGCGAUAAAAGGAAAAGUUGGAGAAGGAAAAUUGAAGAAAUCGAAGUUUCUCGAAGCCUGAGUGUGCAUAUUCAUACUGUGGAGGGAGAAAGGAAUUAAAGAAGGCCAUUGGAGAACUCGUUGCAGAAUCAAUCGAGAUAAUAUGUAUUUUUCUCCAUCGCAAGAAGAUUCUCUCAAUUACGAAAAAGGGACUGUGUUCCAUUUCAUGUGAUUUUUCAUCAACAACCUCCUAAACUGCGAUUUAAGUCGAUUAUUGUAAAAGGCAGGCCAAUACAAGAUUUGCAGAAUCGAUAGAAACAAUAGUCACCGCACUUUUAAUUAGAGCGAAAUAAUCUCUUUUUCUUUGUAAAAAACAAACUACAUUGAACUUAACGCUCUGUUUUAUGCGAAUAAUUCACUGUAAUAAAACAACAAGUCGAUAUUAAUUACUAACUGUACAUAUGAGCCAAAUAACGUUAUGUUGAACAUACAAAUUAUUCUCAUGUUAUAUUCUGUGAUUAUCAACAUAAAGUUCUUUUAAGUUUGAACGCUAAAUUUAGUCUAAAAAGAGAAGCAGCUGCUAAGUCAGUCGCUCAGUCAAGGGAAACUGAAGACGAGAUAUUGAUAACGAUAGAAUAAGCGAAGCAACGAAAAGUGGAAAAGGAAAAGUUAGUAAGAAAGAGAUAGAUCGAUAGAGCAACAAAGAAAAAGAAAAGCGACUCUACAAGUAGCAAACCGAUUUAGCAGGAGUGCAUGUACUCCAAGAAAAAGAUAAAGAAAAGAACAGAGACGGUUAUCAAAGUAACAAGGAAAGAAGAAAGAGAAAAGAAGAUCGAGAUAAGUAAAGAAGAAAAACGACGAUUGGUAAAAUUUAAAAAUAUAAGAAAGAAAACGGAAUAAGAUCAGAUCGAUAGAAGCAAAAAAAGUACCUUCUCGAAACUGGUCUUCAAAAUGAAUAAAAAUAUUCUGACAACUUCGCAUACUAAGAGUUUUUUCGACGAGGAAGCUAUCUUGAAGAAGGUACGAUGGCGCAAUCUCAUAGCAUUCUGGAUUCUAGGUCUGUGCAACAAUUACGGCUAUGUCGUGAUGCUCAGCGCGGCCCACGACAUCCUACAGAGCAAAUUUGGUGAGCAAAAGGACAUACCAAGCACAAACAAUACGAACACAACUCGUACAUGCAACACAGUUUCAACCGGUGCCAUACUUUUAGCAGACAUUCUGCCAGCAUUGGCAAUCAAGAUCACGGCGCCGUUUCUACCAUUUCUAGUGCAUGCUCGACUGGCUACCUGUGUGUUAUUUUCCGCUGCAGGAUUCCUUAUGGUGUCGUUGAGUAUGAUUGAAUGGGUCGCCAUUAUGGGCGUCGUUCUAACGUCGCUUUCCUCUGGUUUGGGUGAAGUUACUCUUCUCAGUUACAGUAAUCAGUUCUCCAAACAAGUGAUCUCGACAUGGUCAUCGGGCACGGGCGGUGCCGGGGUAAUCGGCGCUGUAUCUUACGCUGGGCUCACCUUGGUACUAUCUAUUGAGAAUACAUUGCUAGUCAUGUUGAUCGUGCCAUUUUUGCAAGCGGUCACGUUCUGGGUUAUCCUCAAACACCCGACACACAUCAGAAUUCCAAUCACCAAGAACGGCAUCGAUAGUCAAGAACAAAUCAUCAAGGUCCCUGAAAAGACUUUCAGAGACAAGAUUAAUUUAGUGCCUGGCUUACUGAAGUACAUGAUACCACUUGGGCUCGUUUACCUGUUUGAAUACUUCAUCAAUCAAGGCUUGUACGAGCUUAUCGAAUUCAAAGAUAUUUGGUUGACACAUUCCGAACAAUACAGAUGGCUCCAAGUGGAUUACCAAAUAGGUGUAUUUAUCUCGAGGUCGUCGGUGAACCUGGUCACCAUUAACAAAAUUUGGAUUAUGUCCGUGUUGCAGUUCUUUAACGUUAUACUCUUUUUCUUCGAGACCCUUUAUUAUUACAUACCAAAUAUAUGGAUCAUUUUUGCUCUUGUAUUGUGGGAGGGUCUACUUGGCGGUGGAGCGUAUGUGAAUACAUUUUAUCGAAUGUCGACCGAGAUUCCGAAGGUGGAUCGCGAAGCUUCUUUGGGAAUUGCGACGAUGGCAGAUUCUAUCGGAAUUGCGUUGGCCGGUUGGCUUUCCAUGCCUGUUCACAAUGCCAUUUGUAAAUUACCGCAACCGACGCGAUUAGGUAGUUAAAGAUAUCGUGAUGGUUCGCCUGUUACUGAGUGAUAACAAAGUUUUCGCAGAAACUUACUUUUAAAAGUUCCUCAACACAAUAUGCCGACGAAUAUGAGGCAUUUCUUUUAGUAAUUUAACGAUUGUAUGUAGGUCAAAUGUAAUUGUUUAAUUGUGCAUUCGCGAAUCAUAAAAUUAUUAAUAUUCCAGUCUGAUUAAACUUUUAGCUUUGUGGGAGUAUCGAAUCUAUGAAAUUUUGACGAAAUAUUAAUAAAGCAAAUUUCAGAAUGCAGGCGACACGGUAAUGAAUUUUUGUAUAGUUUAUCAUUUUACCAUUUUUAAUAAAUUAUAUUUUAUAAAUAUUGAUAUUUAUUAUAUUUUCUAAAUGAUAUUUUUAAAGUCAUGACCGUGUCACUCGCAGAAACAUUGUAGAUUCAUUAUAAGCGCUUUUUAAGCAGUUUGAAUUACAAUGUAUUACAAUUACAAAUAUCCGAGCUUUAUUCGGUACAAACGUUUAAAAGAUUAGGAACAGGGCAUAUUGCAGUACAUUGUGUGUCGCAUAUUAAAUAUAUAUAAUAUAUAUAGGCGACGUAACAUACGUAAUACAUGAAUACCAUCUGUGUUUUCGCUGCGGAACGAAAGAAUUUAAUUUUUUUCUUUCUUUCGGAAUAACUGUAUCUAGAUCCCUGUAUUAUAGGUCUAUUUUUUCACGAUAUGCGAUAAAUUUUGAAAAUUAUAUUGUAAAUCUAUAUUUCUUCUAUAACAUAUCUAAAUUUUGACUUGUACUAUGUUGUCUUAUUUAGUGCUGAUAUCGUAGAGAUAUAUUCUGAGAUUACUAUUAGUUAUUGAUCUUUAUAUGGUUACCGACUUGUUGCGAUGAAACGAAAUACGCAAGUAUUUUCGUGCAUCCUCAAGAUUCCGCAUCGUCGAGAACUAAUCGCUCCUUGAUUUAAGGAUAUCUCAGUAUUAAUAGCUACUGUAACGAAUUGACCUCGUCGAUUAAUUAGAAAUAAUAACGCACUUGGAUUACACCGUCUUCUUACUCCUGUGAUUAGAUAUAAAAAUUACUAGGUUCGAACUACCACAUUUCUACUUUGAUAUAUUGAUAUAUCUAUUAUUAAGAUUAUUCUUACAUUUUUUGAUUAAAAGAUUGUGAUU